AUGAAAGAUGGUGGCUUGGAGAAUAAAAAGGAACUAGAAAAUUCAAAAAAACAAUCAAAGUCUUCCAAAUUUCGUAGCAAAAGUGAUGAUUUUGCCCUUGCAAUUGCUAAGGUUGCCGUCGCGCAAGUAUGCGAAAGCGUAGGUUUUCAGAGUUUCCAACACUCUGCUUUAGAAACAUUGUCAGACGUUACUGCUCGAUACAUUUAUACCCUAGGAAAAACUACGAAUUUUAAUGCUAAUUUGGCCGGGAGACUGGAAUCGAAUGUCUUUGAUGUUAUUCAAGGGUUGGAAGAGUUAGAAUCAGGUUUAGGGUUUGCCGGUGCAUCCGAUAUUAAUCGAUGUCUUGCUAAGUCGGGGUUUGUUAGGGAUAUUGUUCACUUUGUUGGUGAUGCGGCGGAUGUGCGGUUUGCUUAUGAUGUUCCGCGGUUUCCGGUUGUUAAAGAGCGGAAGGGAAUGGGGAGCUUUCAAGAAAAAGGAGAAGAACCUCAUGGGGAACAUAUACCUAGUUGGUUGCCAGCCUUUCCUGAUCCUGAGGCUUAUGCUACUGAAUCGACUGUAGGGAAUGGAACGACCAGUGGCUCCGAUGGAGUGAAGACUGGGUUAGUGAGGAUUGAAAGGAAGAUAGAGUGGCCGUUGUUGAACUUCCAGCAGCAGUUUGCUCGUAAUGGGAAUGUAGGAGAUUCUUCUUGUGUUGGUGGAGAUUCUGGUAAAGCCUGGGAAGUUUCUAACAGCAAUCCAUAUCUUGCUGCACCUCUGCAUUUUGGGGAAAAGGAAGUGGAUGUGUCACCUGUUGUUCUUCCAACUAAGCUUUCAAAUGAAGUGGCUUCGAGAGAUCCGGUUUCAGAAAAUCGUUUCGUGGGAAAUCAUGUCUCUGUGCUAGAGACAUUUGCUCCUGCUAUUGAAGGAAUAAAGAGUGGGAUGUGUGAAUAUAGCAGCAAACAGAAAAAUGUCCUCUAUAACCAGAGGCCCACGGUUCAUUUUAAGAUUGGAAUAGGGAAGAAGUCUUUAAACACUGCACCAGAUUUCAUUUCCAAGAACAAAGAUCUCCAGAAGAUUGCAUACUGGUUUGAAAAUGAUAAUGAGAAAGAUGACAGGAAAAGAAGAGCAGAGAAUUUUAUGAAAGAAUCUAUGGAAUGUUCUCAAGAACCAGGUCAGUUGUAA